GCCAGGUAAAACGUCUGACCCGUGCGUUGAGCUGUCCAUGUUCCUAACAGCUUGGCCCAAGCCAGCUUUUCUAUUUGGGAACGCAUUCACGCAGCUAUACUACGUCUUACUGAAGCAGGCUGUCAUGGACAUCUUCAACGGAUUUGUUCUUGGCGGCAUUCAUAUCGAUGGCAAGACCAUUGAGGCCACGCUGUGCUUGGCCGUGGUCAUGGUGAUGCUGCGACUGGAGCUCUUCAGGCGAGCAGUCAAUGGACGCCCAGGAGAACUUCAGCCGUCGGCUGACAAAUACAAGAAACUCCUGCGCGAAUGCGCGCCAGAGGCCAUCGGUUCUCUCACGUGCCUCGUGCUGGUCAUCAUCUUGCGAUCUCGUGGGGAUACGAUCGGCGAUUCUCUGGAUGGCCAUUCUCGAGAGGCUUGGGAAGCCAUCAAGAUGCAAUGGCCAUUGCUUAUGACAGCUGACACCCUGCUUGCCAUUCAGGUAAUGCUGAGACUAGUCGUGGUUCUGUCUGCACUUUUGCGAUCAGGAGGCGCGGGACAGUCUCCUUUGCUUGACGAGUGCGCUGCGCUUUGGUGCGCUGGUGCGUUGGCGAAGUGUUUGUCACUGAACCGAAGCCAGGCCUACUGGCUUGAAGGACCAGUGGGGGGCAUGCUCCCUACCAUGCUGGAGGCGCUGCUGGUGCCUUUGCUUUUCCUCUUGGGGCAGCGAGCCCUCUUCCGCUCUGCUGGCACCAUGGUGCUGGUGGUCGUUUUGAUCGGAAUGUUCGCGCAGCGCAACACUCUUCAGUUUGCUGAGGAAAGCGAAGCCAACAUCCUGUUCACGGCCGUGCAUUGCUUUGAGUUUCUGUCAGCAAUCAUCUAUGCUGGGCGCACCAUGCUGCUCGACAACGACGGCCAGUUUCACCUGGCAUUCACGCACUUUGUCAUGGUUGUUCAGCAGAGCCUGGCAGCAUACUUCUGGCUCCAGGCCUUCGAAGGCGAGACUGAUGUGAAUGGAUUGGGGCUGGGCAUCAAGGCGAUCCAGUUCAGCUGCCUUGGACAGCUGUGCGCGUAUUUGGCAGCCGCCACAUUGCACGCAGCAAGUUGGUUCACAGACGAUACUCCUGUCCACGUGAACAUUUGAGGAUCCAGUGCCGCAUCUGGUGCUUUGGUCAGGUUAGCUAAUUGGCCUCGGGAGCGCUGCGGAAGUAUACUUCAGACGCUUCCGACGGUCAACUUGUUAAAGAUGCAGUUUCCGCGUG